CCGUAACGUAUCACCUGAAUUUACGAUCUAAAUUUUCUAUGUGAAGUUCGGCGAUUAGGCGAAAAAGCGCGGGAGUGGUGGAUGCUUUCUUUGUAUAUAAGCGCGGAGAAAUGCUCUCACUUCAUCCACUCGACAUCUGCUGUCGUAUGAUAUAAUCAGUUGCAAUAUGGCAGCCAAAUUGAUCGUUGCUUUGGCGUGUGUCGCCUUGUGCCACAGCAGCCCUGCCCUUUUAAACGGUUUCGUAUACCGUGAUGGACGCGGCUUCUCAAUUGGCCGGGCUUAUUCCAAUGGUGGUCAGGCCGUCGGCUCAGCAACGAUCAACGGCGGUGUCCACCAGGCGUACAGCAGUGCCACUGCUGACGACCACCAGUACAUCAGGAACCUAGGCUAUGGAGAAGUCAUCCCAGCUCAGAUCCUUCCAGGACAGGCCGUAGCCAACGCCGAAGUGUACGACGGUCCUAACGCACCUCAAGUCGAAAUGGCCAAGGCUAUCGCGGAAGCCCAAAACAAUCCAACAUACUACUACGAAAUCCCAGAACCGGCAACUAUUGUAUCAUAUGAACAGAACUUUGAAGCGCCCGCCCAGAUCAGAUACGAGUACCCCGCUGGACUAACAAAGGCAGAGUCCUCGGCUAUUCUCAACGGCGCCUCUGAAUCCGCGAUCACUUCAGCAAACACCCAAGGCUCUGGCUCAGCACAGUCCUCAGCUCAAACUCGCGGUGUCGGCAACUACGGUAUCACCUCUUCCAACGCCAACACAUUCGGCCAAGGUUCCGCAUCCGCGAAUGCUGAGAAAAACGCUUUUGGUUCUUCCAUCACCUCAGCUAAGACCCAAGGCUUCGGCGCUGCCAACUCCCGAUCUGAAGGCGGUCUCGGUCUAACCAGCGCUCAGACAAAGACCAACGGAGGUUUUGGGUCUGCAUCUUCAACCGUCAACAACGCCUAUGACACCGCUGUCGCUUCCGCCAACACUAACGGCUAUGGAUCAGCCUCAUCCAACGCUGAUAUCAAUAACGCCGUAGCAACCGCCAAAACUACAGCCCAGAAAGGUAUUUCUUGGCGCUUCGGAACCCUCUACGGUACACCCUCUGGAAUUCGUCAGGCCCAAGCUAACAGCCAAAUCCACGGUGGAGUCGCCAAGUCAACCGCCCAGUCCAACUUAGCCGGUCAUGGAUCCGCCAUGUCUUCAGCUAACACCAACGGCUACGGAUCCGCCGACGCGAACGCCAACAUCAAUGGUGCUGGUUAUGUCAACUCUGUCGCGAACAGCUACAACCAAGAAUCGGGUUUGGCUAAAUCUGGAGCUGUCACCCAGGGUCACGGAUCUGCUAACUCUGAAGCUAACACAGGCCUCGGGUCCGCCAAGUCUUCCGCCAACACCCUCGGCUUGGGUUAUGGUAACGCUAACGCCAACGCUGACAUCAGCGCUGCAGGUUUAAAAUCGACCGCCAACACCAAUGGGUACGGUUCAGCUUCGUCCUCUGCCAACAACGGAGCGUCCUUCGGCACCUGGAGGAACACUUACGUCCCAUACACUGGUUCCCGUACUGUAGCUAAUGCGCAGACGUCCGGCCAGGGCUCUGCUACGUCAUCAGCUAACACACAAGGCAUGUACGCUGGAUACAGGGUCGUUAACUCUUCAGCAAACACUAAUGGCUUCGGCACCGCUCAAGCGAAUGCUCAAAGCCUGUAAGCUGUUCGCUAGAAACGCAAUGACAUCAAGACGACUUAAGAUCAAAUAUUGUUCCACUUGUCUUGAUGUAUUUGCAAGUAUUGAAUAAGCGAAACUUAUUUAUUUUCUUAUUUAUUGUUUAAUUAAGUAAAUUAUUACUUUUUUAAUUGAGUAAUAAAGUAAAUUCUGAUAUAA